AUGGCCCAUGGCCGGGCCAAAAGACCUCAUCAAAAGGUCAAGACUGGUUGCAUGACUUGCAGAAAACGGCGCAUUAAAUGUGAUGAAGCGAAACCGGCGUGUCGACAAUGCACCGAUUCUCUUCGAAAAUGUGAAGGCUAUCAACCUCCUCAAACAUGGCUGUUCAAACCUCAUCGAAGUCUCGACCAAUCCGACCACAACACCCUCAUUCAAAUCAUCUCUCCCCUGGGCCCCAUGGGCACUGCCAGCGACAAACGAUCAUUCCAGCUCUGGAUCGAGCAGACCGCACCCGUUUUCUCUUGCUACUUCGGACAUUCCUUCUGGACCAAACUCUUGCCUCAAAUUAGCGUGGUCCAGCCGGCCGUCAAGCACCUGCUCCUUGCGACAUCGUCUCUGGUCGAAACCACGACCCUCGAUGGUGUUUCUCUGGAUGAGAACGCGGUUUACCAAUCGCACUAUACCAAGGCCAUUCAGGCAACAUGUUCGUCUCCGCAAAUAGAGAUCGUUUUGACGGCUUGCUUGUUAUUCGCCUGCUGCGAAUUCAUGCAGGGUACCAUCGCCCGUGGUUUACAUCACAUCCAUUCCGGCUUGAAUAUCAUCGAUGAAUGGUCCAAGUCGACUCGAGACCCCGCGGUAAAGACCUCUCAGACCGCACGAUUGAUCAUAGAGGCCAUUGGACCGAUCUUUUUCUCCUAUAUCGACAAGGCCCCGACGUACGGCAUGGGAGACGUCACCAUCAGGGACCGUGCAUGUACCACCCUAAUCGGUCCCAGCUGCGAACUCCCGUGUGUUGGCCAAUUUACCGAAUUUCACCAAGCACAUCACGCCUUGGAUGGUAUUGCUCAUCACAUUGCCAGGAUGAUGGAUUGGAGAAGAACGCCCUGGGCGGCUUCACCACCGCUCAAGAUACACCUGUUGUUGGAAACAUGGCACAUGUCCUUUGAAUCCCUUCAAGCCAAUAUGAUGGAAAGUCGAAAACAACGGCUCGCACAAGCGUUGCAACUGCUGCGAGUCUACUACACCAUGCUCUCGGUCAUGCUUCGGGCUUCGUCCAGUGACACCGAACGGGUCUUCGAGCAGUAUGAGGAGGAAUUCAAAUGGAUGGUGGAUAAAUACGACGAUUUCUCAGCAGCCUGGGCCCAAGAUGAAUCUUCAAAGUUCAUCGCUGGGGUUGGAAAUCUCGGCUACAAUAUGGGAUACAUUCCUCCGUUGUUCUUUACCGCGAUCAAAUGCCGCGAUCCAGAUACACGAGUGGCCGCUUUGAGACAUCUCGGUUCUCUCCAGGUGCUCGAGAACAACUGGACCAGUUGUACGGCAUACUUGAUCGCCCAAAAGAUCAUCGAGGUGGAAAACACGAGAUCUUUCAACAACAAACGUGCUUCAUCAGGAGACGAGCGGAAUCUCAUCCGACCGGUUGAAGCAUUCAUCACCGACGAUCGAACCGCUCAAGCGGGACUUGACUAUGCGACGUUUCCAUAUUCAAGGGAAUCGACGCCUUUACUUCACGAGACUAUUGAUUUGAGGGAGUCUUCUUCUUGUGCGUCAGCGGGGCAAUGGGUACGUUUGGUGGUAUCCCUCUCCCUGCUGAAUUCUGCAUACUGA